GUGUUCGCUUCACCCUCUAUCAGGUUCCUCGUUUGGUAGGUUACCUUGCUUCACGGAUGGUUGCUGAUAGCUUACUUCAGGCCAGAAAGUCGUUUGGACACAAGGGGUUUCUCAAUAGCAGUGCGCCGAUAUAGUUGACAUGCCACCCCACAGCCAGUCCUCGCCGCGUUCUCCGCGAUCUUCGCGAACUUCCCUUCGACAGACGGCAACAUCCACCCCUCCCAGCCCUUAUUCCCCUCAAUUGGAAACCGCACGCCCCGUCCGAAUCUCCUCCGCGGAAAAGCAGCACAGAAAUCCCCUAGUCAGUAGUGACAUGGCGCGAGGUAUCUGGUCGGCGGAAGAUGGCGUGAUUGAGGACAUGACGACGUCGCCUACCGUCGCAGAAGCCAGCACGGUGUCGCAAGCGGCACGCGAGUGGCGACGUCGUGCGACAGCGCGACAAGAAGGCAGCAAGCAGGGCGGCCAUAGGAGAAGCGACGCAGAGAGGAAUCGAUCUCCUAGAGGCGGCAGGCCGGGGCUACAGAAGUCAACCGGGGACCGCGGCAGCAAUAGUAGCAUCUGUAGCAGCUCUAGCAGCGGGAGCGACCGUCAUCGCAUGAUCCGCACGAGCAGCAGCUCCAGCUGUAGCAGCGUCACUAGCAGCGUGAGCCGAAGCAGCAGCAUCGUUAGCAAUGGGAGCAUGAGUAUGUCGAUGCUGGAAUCGGAGGAGGAGUGCGAGUGUGACUCUAUCGGGAGUGGUUUACCGGGAACGUCAGGUUAUCGCCUUAAGUUUAGGAGCGCGCACGGCGCCGAAAUAUCCCCUUGGCAUCAGCUACCCCUCCCGGCUUCCGUCCCCGUUCCUCCGCCUUCCUCACCUCCAUCCGACCCUAGCGCGCCGUGCCUUGUCAACGAGCCUGGCCGCGUGACGUCACCCCCUAAUCCUCUCUCCCUGCCGGGCAGGGCGCACGCCAAUUUCGCGGAGCUCCUCUCGCCGUCGCCGCGUCGAUCCGCGUGUCCCGCGCCGCUUCGCUUCGUGUGUCAGACGCCGCGCGGCUCCGUCGUGGCCUUCGAUGUCGCCGCAGACGAGCCCGCCACGCCCCUCCGCUUGCGCCGCGCCCCCACCGCCACUACCACCAGAAACUCUGGUACUACCCCCCGUUCCGCUGGCAGCCGAUCCCCCAGUUCCUCCCCUCCGCGCCUUGCGCGCCCGCUGGCCCUCGCCGCGCCCUGCAGCUGCGGGUUCCUCCCCCAGACGUGCGCGCUGGAGCUUCCCCGCGCGCUCCUGUCCGCGGAAGGAGUUGGGGAGGCGGAGGCGUCGUGGGCGGAGAAGGUGGAAGGCGCAGAGGCGUGCGGGAUGCCGAUGAUGGCGGUGGAGAUCGGGCUGAAUGAGACGUGGACGGGCGACGUGCGACGCGUUAUCCCCCUCGCCGCCAUGACAGUAUGCGUCACAGGAUCGCGGGGCGACGGUGACGCCGUCUCCGCCGAGAUCGCCGCUUCUGACGGCGCGCGGUCGGGGGGAGCGGACGCGGAUGAGAACCGUCGCGUGAUCGCGAGCCGGGGUAGUACUGAUGGGGGUUAUGGUCGCAUGAUGUGGGUGGUUGUGACUAUAGCGGCGGAUGAUCCUGAAGCGGCGGACGUAUGGCGGUUCAUGCGGAGAGCGAGCGAGGAGACGAUCGAGGGGAUCGUGUCCGGUGUGAGGCGGUGGCUGGAAGACGUGUACCUGCCGCCGCACAUGCCUGCACAAGCAGAUGUUGACCCAGCCUCCUUCCGCCCAUCAGGCGGGUACAUACUGGCAGCCAAGCCCACCUCUCGGCUGCUCAUCGAAGCACAUGAAGCGUGGAAAGAGGCGCUUCCCUCUUUUCCCCCGUAUCAACUAGAACACGUGCAGCAGCAGCAGCAGCAGCAGCAGCAGCAGCGUCAGCAGUGGUUGCCAGUGGAGCAGCGGUCUGCAUGCAGCCCUAGCUCCAAGCAACAGCACCAGACAAAGCCGAUGCCCGCACGACUAGGGGUGGCCGAACCCAAGCACCAAGUGCAGGCGCCGGUGCACCCUCGUCCUCCCAGGGGACGUCCACCUCCCGCCGCCGCUUCUCCCAAGCCACCCAGGCAUCGCGGGCACGUGUCACCGACCAAGGGGUCUCCCAAGCAGGACGCAUCUGCCCGGAAGCAAGGGAGUUUGACGAAUCUGUUCUUGUUUGAACCGGAUAACGUUGCCCCCAUGGAUCGUGUUCCCGGGCUGUGCCUCUCUGAGGAGGCAUCAUCGGUGUGUUCUGCUGGGAGCCAUGGCGCAGAUGCAGACGGCGCUAUGGUGGAUCUGUUUCAGUCAGCGCUGUCGGUAUCUCCUGCGUUCCACGCCAGGAGGAGCAGCAGCAGUGGCAGCAGCGGGUUCGGGAGCUUCGAUGGAGAGGAGUGCCUUUCCAGUGCAGGCAGUCUGGAUCUGGACGGAGGUAUCGCUGACGUUCUGAAAUGGAGACAAGCGUCGCAGAAAAGGCAUAGUUCAAGACGACUGCGGCAUGGUGAAGGAGCUGUGAGCUACUGUGGGGAGGGGGGGCAUAAGUACAGCCGUAGCAGAAACCCUGCAGCCGGACAUGCGGAAGUCUUGCCAGAAGAGGAGGCAGUGGUUUUCCUCAGAGAGACCCCCAUGGCCCGUGGUGCCUCUGGUAACCGCCGACGAACCGUGCGCUUUGAUGAGGUGGUUGAGGUGCAUAUAUUUGAAAACUUGGAUGAGGGCAGGUUGGAUGGUGACUGCAACGACUUACCACAUGGGAGCGGAGAGGAUGAGUACGAUGAGGAUGAAGACUUAUUCGAUAUGCAUGAAGUGGAGCUGAAGUCUCUGGAACCGAUUCGCCGUUCGUCUAGGGCCCAUGACGUUAUGGCGCAAUAAAUGCAUGACUGGUUGUAAAAUAAUUGAUCAUUCUCUAACAUAAUUCUUAACAUUUAUUUACUAGUGAAAUAUAUUGUGUUCUACAUG